AUGGUUCCCUUCUCCAACAUUCUCCUUCUCACAACCCUUGUCUCGAUUGCGUUGUCGGGCAUUACCCUAUCAGCCCUUCAAUACGACGUCACCCUAUCCGGUGUCGCCACCUGUCCCAACUCCUCCCUAUCCGUGGCCCACACGUACUCGGUGAUCUCCCGAGCACAAGUAGAGGUCGUGUGCCCGAAUUCCUACAUCGGCAAUGUCUUGCUAAAAAACACGACCACAGAUAAUGAAGGCGUCUACUCCUUCACUUUCAGUGUAGUCGAAAUACAUACCAACAAGUUGCAGCUGUGCUACAUCAACGUGUCAUUGCCGAUGGACGGCUCAUGCACGUUUGUCCCGCCAGGUGGCGCGAUCUUGUACCCCAUACUUGCAGUCGAGACGCUGCUUCGCACCGUCCUAGUUUACUCCCCUGGGGCACCUACUUAUGCGUAG